AUGAGUGACCCUGCAGUUGAACAGAGUUUGAACAAUGACAACAAUGAAAACAAUGACGAACAACAGUACUUGGAUCACAUUAAAAAAAUAUUAGAAAAAGGACACAAAAAAAUGGACAGAACCAGAGUCGGCACACUUUCAUUGUUCGGCAUUCAAAUGCGUUACAAUUUGAUGGACGGUGUUUUUCCACUGUUGACAACAAAAAGGGUAUUUUGGCGUGGUGUCGUCGAAGAAUUAUUAUGGUUUAUUAAAGGCUCGACAAAUUCUAAAGAACUGUCCGAAAAAGAUGUAAAAGUUUGGGAUGCAAACAGCACACGUUCUUAUUUAGACUCGAUUGGACUUACUAAUCGUGAAGAAGGUGACUUGGGACCUGUUUAUGGAUUUCAAUGGCGACAUUAUGGUGCCGAGUAUGUAGAUGUGCAUACUGAUUACUCAGGAAAAGGUAUUGAUCAGCUUCAAAACGUCAUCAAUACAAUCAAAACUAACCCUGACGAUAGGCGAAUGCUUAUGAUCGCAUGGAAUCCAUGUGAUGUACCUAAAAUGGCCCUACCACCGUGUCAUUGUCUGGUACAGUUUUUUGUCGCCGAUGGCUAUCUGUCGUGUCAAAUGUACCAACGAUCAGCAGACAUGGGUCUAGGAGUACCCUUUAAUAUUGCCAGUUAUUCGUUACUUACAUACAUGAUAGCCCAUGUCACUGGAUUAAAACCUGGUGAAUUCAUUCAUACACUGGGUGAUAGUCAUAUCUAUCUGAAUCAUGUCGAUGCACUCAAAAUACAACUUCAAAGGAAGCCCAAACAAUUUCCCACGCUAACUAUCAAUAGAGAAGUCAAAAGCAUAGACGAUUUCAAUUUUAGUGACUUUACAUUAAGUGGUUACGUUCCGUACCCGAAAAUAUCUAUGGACAUGGCUGUAUAA